CAAAUCUUUAUAUCAGCUUUUAUUUUGAAAUUGGGGUCAUUCCUCCGUAUGUUGUCAAUCCCUUGCGGAGACACCGAUCGCCUGCAGCCGGUAGAGUGUAAUCCGUGUGGAGAACGGUGGGCUUUUGACAGGUAAACUACCGCCGCGAUGAGGCUCCGUUUGGCCGUAGCCGUGCUGCUGUCGGCGGCCGCUUACUACGUCUACCUGCCGCUACCGAGCGGGGUGAGCGAGCCCUGGAAGCUGAUGCUGCUGGACGCGCUGUUCCGGAGCUUCAUGCAGGCGAGUGACGUGGCCCACGCUCUGGGUGUGUGCCAUCGGAUCCACCUGUUGAACCACGUGGUGUCCUGGGUGGAGGAGAUCGAGGCUCGCUCCUGCCCCGCGGUCCACGUGACGGACACCGCGCUGGGCGGCGUGCCGACCCGAGUCUUCCAGCCCAAAGGAGGCAAGCAGCUGAAGAGAGGAGUCAUAUAUUUCCACGGUGGAGGAUGGGCGCUUUGCAGUGGAAGGAUGCGAUCAUAUGACCAUCUUUGUCGUAAAAUGGCGGAAGACCUGGACUCUGUCGUCAUGUCCGUGGAUUACCGUCUCGCUCCAGAUGCGGUGUUCCCGGCGCAGUAUCACGAUGCGUUAGCGGCGUCCCGGGCCUUCCUGUCUGCUGAGCUUUUGGAGCGCUACAGCAUCGACCCGGAGAGGGUGUGUGUGUCGGGGGACAGCGCAGGGGGAAACCUGGCUGCUGCUGUGGCACAAGAGCUCAGCUCUGACGACGCUCUGACGGUGAACUUCAAGCUGCAGGCGCUGAUCUACCCCGUGCUGCAGGCGCUCGACUUCUACACCCCUUCCUACCAGCAGAACCGGGACGUGCCCAUCCUCUACAGGCCCAUCAUGGCUCGCUACUGGCUGCAGUACCUGGGGGCCGACACCUCCCUGGAGCCCCUCCUGCUGGCCAACAACCACAGCUCCCUGGACCAGCCGGCCCUCAGCAGCAGCAUCCGCUCCAAGCUGGACUGGACCGCUCUGCUGCCGGCCGAGCGCAGGAAGCACUUCCAGCCGGUGGUGAGAGAAACGGGAUCGCCGCGGGUCAUGGGCGAGGUUCCCCAGCUGAUUGACGUGAGGGCGGCACCGCUGCUGGCGGAGCAGGGGGUUCUGGGUAGGACGCCCAAAGCAUACGUCAUGACGUGUGAGUUUGACGUGCUGAGGGACGACGGGCUGAUGUACGUCAGGCGGCUGCAGGACGCCGGCGUCGCGGUGACAAGCGAUCACUACGAGGAUGGGUUUCAUGGCUGCAUGGUGUUUGCGUAUCUUCCGAUGAUGUCUAAGGUUGGAUGGAGAAGCAUGAACAACUACAUCCACUGGCUGGACCAGAAUCUGUAGACGGAGAUCGAGAUCCUCUUGAAGUCGUGGUUGCACCAAAGGUGGACCGGAGCAGUGAGGCUGGUACUUGAGAGCUCCUUCGAAUCGGUGAUGAGGAGACUUUGAUGAAAUGGUGGUUUAGGUAAAAACAAUCCUGACCUGUAACACAGAGCAUCAAAGGUUUGAUCGACUGUACCCUGAGCAACACGCCAAACAAGACAUACAACUACCUACAUUACAACCAUCUAUCUUUGAGCAUUAAUGUAAGAAAACAUGCUGUUUCCCUGGAGGACUCAACAAACACCUGAACAUCUUCCUUGAGCACUUCUGCCACACUGUACACACACAGAGGUCUUUAAAGCAAGUAUAUCUACUCUUCACCGAACCUGAAAACCAAAACAUUUCCAAUAAAAUGUAACCAAAGAAAGGAGUACCUGAAUUACUUUUCCAAAAAAGAAAAAAGUUCUAUGCAGUUUGAGUCAAUACUAAAUAGCAAAUUGUAGGAUAUAUUUUCAUAGUCAGCUCCAAUUUGUUUUUAAAUCCUUUCAAGUUUGUUUUAUCCUAAUUUUAAAUAAAUAAACACACACCUGCAUUUACAGAACUAAAAGUAUAUAAUAUAUAUAUUUUAUAACAGGUUCAAAAAUUGUAUUUAAAACAUAAAAUGUACGAAAAGUAUGGGAGAAAAUCUAAUAAAAAAAAACACCAAUCGCACCCAAUGUAUUAUGUUAUUUAUCCAUGUAUUUCUUUAUGUAACCUUUAGGGAUAAUCACACAGCUUUCCAUGUUUUUCGCGCCAGAACCAGAAGCAGGACAAUAUCCAACAACUUCUGGGGAAAUAAUAUCAAAAAAUAUCUUUUACUCAUUUAAAAAAACUCUAGUAUAUUUUUGUAAAAUCCAAUUAUGACUACUUUUAGAGGUCAAAGUCUCUCACUUGUUCUUUUAUGAAACAUCCAGCUUGCACACACACACAUAACAAAGCCUGUCAAGAUUACUGAGUGUGCACGUGGUAAAAGUAUGCCAGAGUUCACAGCUGCGUAUACUUACUGUAUUGUGAAAUAUUGUAUGUUUUGAAACGUGUCCCUGACUUCCUGAUGACCACUGUACUGCAGAGCCAAUGCAAUGAUGUUAAUGAUAGCUGUGAAACGUAUGCGAUGAAUUACUGUAUCACCGAGAGAGCACAGAUCCCAAAAUGGACUAUCGUGUUUCUGCCGCUGGCCCAAAACUAAUACAAUGAACCAACGACAGCGUGUGACUGACUGUUUUCUGGCUUUGGGCCCAAAACGCCGCGAGCCAGCAGUACUGCAGAAACACUGAGACAAGGGGGGGGUCAUUACUUCACAUUUACCAGGAAGAAAUGUUGAAAUUGUAAAACUGGCAAUCAUUUUCUCCUUUUUCUUUUUUAGAGGAAAUUGGAUUUCUGUGAGGAAUGUCCCAACCAUACUCAUGCACAUGUUUUGUACACAUUCUAGUAAAGAGUGACUAUGUUUAAUAUACUUAUUUAGGCAAAUAUUAUAUCUAACACAAUUAGUGACAACACAAUAUUUGUAUAAUGUACUGUAUGUGUUUUCUCAUGUGGGGUUUAUCUUGGAGAUUUUUCUGCCAGGGUAAGACGAGAACUUAUAGCAAAAGUGUGUUUUUAGUCACAAUUCAUAACAGAACGUUUUAAUAUAUACAUUAACGAGUUGAAGCACAAAAAAAUUAUUAACUGAAUAUAUAAUGGGAAAAGAAUAUACAGAUUAUCAAAUUAUAAACAAGACAUUUUGUGAGGUAUAUCCAAAUGAUUCAAGAAUAAAAACUGUGAAAAAGUUAUUUAGGGUAACUAUGCAAAGUGAUGAUGCAGUAUGAAUAUUUGUAAAAGGUAUACAAUUACAUAUAAAAUAUAUGAUUGUC